AUGUCGUUCCAAAGGCUCAUUCGCCAUGUACCCUCCCUAGUUGCUUCAGGGUUGGUCUUGGCCAGAUGGUCUCACAGACCUUUAGUAAAGCGUCUAUACACAACAAAAUCAACACCAAGGUUUAUUUCAGUCCAGUCUAGUCGAGCAGCUGUAUCUUCUCAAGGUGCUUCUAGCCAUGAUAGCUCGACACAAGACUCUAGAGCUUCUGAGAUCAAGGAUGCAAAGUUGAUUUUUAACCAGGCAUGGAAACAUAUCGAAGACCAUUAUGGAAGAGAGAACAUUCACCUUCCACGUGAGUUCAUAUUUUUGAUGGGUGCACCUGGUUCUGGCAAAGGUACCCACACACCUUCCCUCUUACGUGCACGCGGUAUUACCAACUCUCCAAUUUCCAUAUCUCAGUUACUUCAAACACCCGAGUGCAAAGAGCUCAUAAACCAGGGACAGAUGAUAUCCGAUCGUUAUGUGAUCGAGUUACUUUUGCACGCUUUGCUAAACUGUGACCCAACUGUCGGUAUUCUUGUUGAUGGGUUUCCACGAACUGAUGUUCAAGUGGAGGCUCUCAAGAUGCUUCAUGAAAAGAUGACCGAAUUAAGAUCUGAGUUUUACAAUACGGAUCGGCGUGACCAAUUCCCUCGACCCGUGUUUCGUAUUGCAGUAUUGUAUGUGGAUGAAGAGAUAUCUCUCCAGAGACAACUGGCGCGCGGAAAGAUGAUUCGAGAACAUAACGCGCAGAUAAAAAAGACAGGACAAGGCGAAUUGUGGGAAGAGAGAGUAACAGACAACGACGAGACCGUUAUUCGUGAGCGUUAUUCUAUCUUUAAAGCACAUUAUGGCUCUCUUUUGAAACUUUCCAAGAUGUUUCCUUUUCAUCUCAUUAAUGCUACCGGAUCUAUCAAAGAAGUUUUGGAUAUUAUCAUGAAAGAAUUCGAGUAUCAAUCUUCUCUUGAAUUGGACUCUGAUACAUAUGAUGCGAUAUCUCACAUCCCACUGGCAUCCAAGAUUGGUAUUCAUGCGCGACUGGAUCUAAUAAGUCGCUUGGAACAUUACCAAGAUACUGAACCUAGCACGAUGAAACAAGCAAUCGAGUAUAUUGAUGAGCACGUUACUCCUCACAUUGUUCGCCACUCGAUCAGUGGCCACGCUAUGAUUAGAACGGAGAAUCAAUUAUUGGAUGAUUCUCAUUUUGUAAACAUCGUAAUGGAUGUUUUGUCAGAGCGUGGCUAUCACGUAUCAUUUGAUAGCCGCGAGCGCUAUGUACCCACCGCUGUUGAUCUCAAGACAGGAAAAAUAAAUCUAGAAACCCACCAUAUUCAUGUCUUGACUAUCGAUUUCCCAAAGCAUUAUAUCCGUGCAUUAGAGCAAAAGUUUAGCUAA